AUGUCCUUGCGACGCGGCGACCAAAUCCGUAAACUCGAAGAGCGUCAUCAGAGACGCGAGGCGCGUGAAGCUAGCCGACGCGAGAUGUCAGUCGAAGCUAGCACCACUGGUAGAAGGAGGUCGAAAGAUGAUGAAGACGAGUCUAGUGCGACGAGCCCAGAUCAGAAAUCCGAAGCUUCUAUAGAACCUACUAGUGCGAUGACGCGAAGAAAAGGCUUCCGACCCGCAAAAAGACGCAAGGUGCUGCGGAUAGAACGAUACGUAAAGCUCAAUUAAUAUUCCUUCUUCAAGUUUUUAUAUGUCGGGUCAACUUUGAAGAGUAUUUGGAUUAUAUAUUUACUUCAAGUUGUUCAACGGUGUAGUACUAAAAACGGAGUUUAGUAGAAGCUCCUCACCCCCACCCUUGCUCUUCUUUCAUUCCCUCUCGACGAUAUGUCGGAACUGGAGCGACUUUGCUUGGCGGAUCCUGUGAACCUGAUCAAAGCGCACAUAGAACGGGUGACGUACAAGUUGCACAAUGGCGGCGAUCCCAGAUUUGACCUGGAAAUGAAGGACCGUCCUCAAAACCGCAGUGAUGACCUAUUAAGGCUCAAAACAAUUCGUUUCCAAGAGUCAUUUCGCGCAGAUUCCUUCUUGGAAUUACUUACGGAGAAAUGUUUUGAUGUACGCAAGAAAUGAAAUUUUUUGAGCUCUAAACCUCGAGGAGCUACUAGGACUCGACAAAAAAAUCGAAGAACAGGAAGGCGCUUCGCCACUUCCCAAAGGCAGAAUACGACCACUACGCGUCGACGAAGAUGAGAGCGCAGCAGAUUUGGCGG